AUGAGUAGUAAACCACCUCAAACCGUCAAAAAACGGCUCGUGAGAAAUACUGAGCUACCUCCUCGCAAAACUAUAGUAAUCAAGGAGAGCCAAAGCUCUACUAAAGAGCUAUCAGCAAAAAGUGAUGUCCCUAAAUCUGGCAGAGCGAAAUCCACUUCUUCAGAAUCUCAACUAAAACUUGAUAAACCAGAGCUACAGUCUACAUUGAAGCUAUCCAAAAAAAUUGACGAUAUUGUAAAUGCCAGAAGAACAAAAAGCUGUUCAGACGUUGAUCCAAAGAAAUUGGCUGUUGAUGAAAAGAUCUCUAGACAAGUUAACUUCCCAUAUGAUAAACCUAUUUAUAAGGGUCUUAUUCCUUUAACUUCAGAGAAGUACCCAUCACAACCAAUGACUUCAUCUAGACCUCCUUUGCUCCAAAAAGAUAAGGAACCUUUGCUAUCAGAUUUUGUUGAACUAAAAAAGAAUUGUAAUUAUUAUUUUUUGCCAAGUGUUAAUAUAGAAAAUACAAUGAAUGUUGUAGGAUGUGAUAAUUUAAGACUGUAUAGGAUAUUAGGAAAAAAUAGCUUGGAUAAAUAAUAAGGGGUAGAAGUAAGCAAACAGGUUAGGUUAAUUAUAAUACAGAAAUAAAAUAUUUUACAUAAAAAUCUGAAGAUUUUCUUUAAAUUGGUUUCCUUUUAACUCUGGUAUAUUUGCUAAAGUGAAUGCUUAGCAGUUAUUUAAGAGUAGCCUAAGCCGGCUCCGUCUGCGUGGGAAUAGUGUAGUCACUCAUUUUGCGUUAGUGUGAAGGAAAUUGGUUUCAGAAAACAAAAUGCAAUAUUCAAUGUAAUGGAACAAUUACUUUGCCAAUGGACAUUUUUUUAUUCAACAUUUUAAUACAAUAAUAAAAGAG